GCAGCGCUCAGGCCGUUAGAAGGUGCCGCCCCGGGGCUGGGCUGUCGGUGGCCUCAGCGUUCGGCAGGCGCUCACUCAGCUCCACACCCGGCUUUCUCGGCAUCUCAGACCCGGGAAAAAUCCCUCUGCUUUCUCUGGCCGGUUUCACACAAUCAUCAGGUGAGCCGAGGAUCCACUGGAGCAAGGCCUUAUCUGUAUCCAGAGGAAAUAGCCAAGGAUAUUCAGAGGUGUGCCUGGGAAGUUCAAGCUGCAGCAGUGGAACCUUAAUGCCCAGGAUGAUCCUGUCUAACACCACAGCGGUGACGCCCUUUCUGACCAAGCUGUGGCAGGAGACAGUUCAGCAGGGUGGCAACGUGUCGGGCCUGGCCCGCAGGUCCCCCCGCAGCAAUGAUGGCAAGCUGGAGGCCCUCUACGUCCUCAUGGUACUGGGAUUCUUCGGCUUCUUCACCCUGGGCAUCAUGCUGAGCUACAUCCGCUCCAAGAAGCUGGAGCACUCGAACGACCCGUUCAACGUCUACAUCGAGUCCGAUGCCUGGCAAGAGAAGGACAAGGCCUACGUCCAGGCCCGGGUCCUGGAGAGCUACAGGGCGUGCUAUGUCGUUGAAAACCAUCUGGCCGUAGAACAACCCAACACACACCUUCCUGAGAUGAAGCCUUCCCCAUGAACCCCACCACUGGCUAAAACUGGACACAUCCUGCCUAGCAACCUGAUUUUCUAAUCACAUUCCUCUCAUACUCUUUAUUGUGAUGGAUACCACUGGAUUUCUUUUUGGCUGUUGUAAGGGGUGAGGGGUGGAUUAAUGACACUGUUUUACUGUUUCUCUAAAAUCACAUUCUUUUGUGAUAGACUGUCAGUGGCUCCCCCAUAUGUGUCCCUGCCUUGCUAAAUUUAGCAGAAUCCCUGAGGACAUGGCCUCUGAGAAUAGCAGCUGCAUUUCCCAGACUCCCUUGCAGCUAGCAAGGUUGUGUGACUAAGCCCUGGCCAGUAGGCAUGGAAGUGAAGACUGUAAUGUCCAAGUAAUCCUUGGAAAGAAAAGAACGUGCCCUUAGCUAACCUUGUCCUGCUUCCCAGUGGCUGGAUGUGGAGGAGGUGGAGAGCAGUUAUGAGUCUGGGAAAGAAAGGGGCACUCAAAGAGCCACACACAUCUGGGCCUGGGUGAUGUGGAUCCUCCUUACCACCCACCAGGCCGGAUUUACAGGAGAGAGAAAUCCACUCCACUCUUCCUUAAGCCACUGUUAUUCUGAUCUCUGUUAAGUUUGCAGAAUCAAUGCCCUUACUGAUACACCUACCUUAUAGGACUGAACCUAAAGGCAUGACAUUUCCAUACUUGUCACAAGCACACACCGAUUCUGCCCUUGUCACUUCUGUGCUCACUCUUGUGGCUCUAUCCUCCUCCUGCCCUUCCGCCUUCCACUCCUCCCUUGCACCCAUCCUGCACACAUCUCCCUGAAAACACACAGGCACAUACACUCAUAUACAUAGACACACAUACACACCUCAAUCUAGAAAGAACUUGCUUUGUACAGGGCUGAGAUGGAGGAGAAAAAAAUGCCCCCUUCAGAAUGCAUACCAAGGGGAAGGUGCUCGGUCACUGUGGGAGCAGGGAAAGGUGCCCCCACUCCCCGAGAGCCAGGGGAAGGAGUGGCUCUGGGUAGAGAGGGACACAUAGCACUGGGGUGGCAGGUCCUUUUGAGGUGAUGGGCCGGUUUUGUGAGAUGAAUUGUAUCCCCCAAAAAGACAGAUACCUUCGAUGUGACCUAAUUGGGAAAUAGAGUCUUUGCGGAUGAUCUAGUUGAGAUGAGGUCAUUGGGGUGGGCCCUCACCCAAUAUGACUGGAGUCCUUAUCGGAAGAGGGAAAUUCGGACACAGAUGCAUAGGGAGGACACCAUGCCGUGACAGAGGCAGAGGGUGCAGUGACACAGCCACAAACCAAGGAAGGCCAAGGAUGGAUGCACAUCCCCAUCCCAAGAAGCCGGGAAGAAGCCAGGAAGGCUCCUCUCCCACAGGUUUCAGAGGAAGCACAGCCCUGCUUGAAUUCAAACUUUUGGCCUCCAGAACUGUGAGUCAGUGAGUAUCUGUUGUUGAAGCCACCCAGCUUGGGAUACUCUGGCAGCCUACUGCUAUACAGUAUUGGGAUACUUUAGUGAGCCCAUGAAGCACCUCUCACCCACCCAGAGAUGGAGAUGCUCUGCCUUCCAGCGGGGCACCCAGAGGGGUUGCCCCAGCAGAUAGAGAGGGCCUCCGUUCUGCCACCUGCCUUGAAAGGGUCUCCAGCUGCCAUACGUAGCAUCGGAGUCCUCUGCAAUGCGACAUCCUGAAAGCUCAGCUGCCUGGGCAUUCCUGAAGAGUAUGGAAUAUUUAAAUGAAACAUAUUUUUUUUUAAACCUGCACAUAAGAUAAAAGCAGCCCGUGUGCAUCUUGGGCCAUCCUCAAAUGGACAGACUUGGUCUUGUGAGGUUCCAGUCCUUGUUUCACAUAAUAAACACUGGCAUGACUCAGCCCCUGAGUUACCACAGUCCUUGAGAUGAGUGGUUCUUUGGGUUACAAAGUCCUCUGAAAGUCUAGUGAGAGCUGUGAUCUUUGCCCCACCCGAAUAAUGCAUAUGGACACCACACCUUGCCUACCGUGUCCAGGGUUCAUGACCAGUAGCAGCCCAGCUAUGCCUGCCACGUCUCACGGCCCCUGUGUAAGCCAGACCCUUCUUAGGCAGUUGCAUAUUCCCAGACUGAGGCAGGGCAGGUUUGCAGAGAGAGACCCAGAGUGCACGUGACCCGCGGUGUGAUCCCUGGCACGCACUGACUUUGAUAUUCCAGGCACAUGGACUGGCUUUUUAUCACCACUUCAUUUUCCCCACUAAGAUUCCUGUGCCUUUUAAGGCAGAGGGAGAUCCCUAUGGCGUUAGUCUUCCCAGGCCUUAAAGGGCCCUUGUGUUCACUCACAAACCUCUUAUCUCUUCUUCUCCUUCCUCUACAUUUUAAAGGGGGAGAGGGAAAAGUAACCGGGAGACAAAUUGAGCCACAUAUUUUCAGACACUUGUUACCAUAUUUUAAAAUCUGGCUUCACAUACACAGAGUCUUUGCUAUGCACCAUGUACUGUUCUAAGCUUCUUAAAAAUAGAAUCUCAAUUAUUAUUUUGCAGGCAAUACUCUAUGCAUUCAUUAGCUAGGACAACAAUGCAUUUGCAGUAUUGAGAUUUCGUUAAAAAAUUAAAGCCAUUUACUAUGA